AUGGAUAUCUCCAAGCCCAUCGCGUUCUGCGAACACCUCCAGCUCUCUGCUAUUGGUAUCCAACCCGCGUCCAUUUCCUUCCAGACCCUCACACUCGAGUCCGACCACUUCAUCUGUGUACGCGAAAAGGUCAACGAGGCCAACCAGGUUGUUAUAGUCGACCUUGCGGACGCCAACAAUGUCCUCCGGAGACCUAUCACGGCCGAUACGGCCAUUAUGCAUCCUCAUCAGAAGAUCCUCGCCUUGAGGGCCGGUCGCACAUUACAGGUCUUCAACAUUGAGACGAAGCAGAAGGUCAAGUCUCAUGUCAGCAACGAGGACAUUGUCUUCUGGAAGUGGAUAUCGGACUCGACUCUUGGUCUCGUCACCGAGACUUCGGUACACCACUGGUCCAUCACCGACCCGACCUCUGCUCCCCAGAAGAUCUUCGACCGUCAUCCUACCCUCGUCGGCUCUCAAAUAAUCAACUACCGCACCACCUCGGACGAGAAAUGGCUUGUUCUCGUUGGUAUAUCUGGCAACACUACCAACCCGGCUGCGUUCAAGGUCAAGGGUAACAUCCAGCUCUACAGUCGGGAACGUGGAGUUAGCCAGCCCAUCGAGGGCCAUGCCGCGGCGUUUGCUGAGCUCAAGCUUGACGGAUGUCAGAACAUGACCAAGGUUUUCACCUUUGCCGUCCGCACAGCAACAGGCGCAAAGCUGCACAUCGUCGAGAUCGACCACCAAGCACCUGAUCCUCCCUUCACUAAGAAGGCUGUUGAUGUCUACUUUCCGCCCGAGGCCACGAACGAUUUCCCUGUCGCCAUGCAGGUCUCCAAAAAGCACGGCAUCGUCUACCUCGUCACGAAGUACGGUUUCAUCCACCUCUACGACCUUGAAUCUGGUGCUUGCAUCUACAUGAACCGGAUAUCCGGCGAGACCAUUUUCGUCACUGCGGAACACGAGGGCUCCAACGGUAUCAUUGGUGUCAACAAGAAGGGCCAAGUUUUGAGCGUGUCCGUGGACGAACAGACCGUCAUCCCUUACAUUCUCGCAACUCUUAACAACACGGAGCUUGCGUUCAAGCUGGCCAGUCGCGCGAAUCUCCCGGGCGCUGAUGAUAUGUACAUCAAGCAAUACCAGCAGCUCUUCCAGAGCGGCCAGUACAGCGAAGCAGCCAAAAUUGCGGCCAAUUCCCCUCGCGGCAUACUCCGGACGGCGCAAGUCAUCGAGUCUUUCAAGCAGGCACCCUCUCCUCCCGGUGGCCUGUCACCCAUUCUGCAGUACUUCGGCAUUCUCCUGGAGAAGGGGGAACUGAACCAGCUCGAGUCUCUUGAACUUGCUCGCCCUGUGCUCCAGCAAGGUCGCAAGCAGCUUUUGGAGAAGUGGUUGAAGGAGAACAAGCUUACUUGCAGCGAAGAACUGGGAGACGUCGUUAGGCCGUACGACAUGACCCUUGCUCUCUCGGUCUACCUGCGCGCGAGUGUUCCCCAUAAGGUCAUUGCUUGCUUUGCGGAGACUGGCCAGACGGAGAAAAUCGUACUCUACGCCAAGAAGACUGGCUACACUCCGGACUACGUCGGCCUCCUCCAGUCCAUCAUGAGAGUCAACCCCGAGAAGGGCGCCGAGUUCGCCGCUCAGUUGGUGAAGGAUGAUGCUGGCCCCAUGGUUGAUGUUGAGCGGGUCGUCGACAUCUUCAUGUCGCAGAAUAUGAUCCAGCCCGCGACAUCAUUCCUGCUCGAGGCUUUGAAGGACAACAAGCCGGAGCAAGCCCACUUGCAGACUCGUCUACUCGAGAUGAACUUGAUGCACGCACCACAAGUAGCAGACGCAAUUCUGGUGAACCAGAUUCUGACCUACUUCGAUCGUUCUCGCGUCGCCAACCUUUGCGAGAAGGCUGGACUUCUUCAACGUGCUCUGGAGCUCUACGAAGACCUAGCGGAUAUCAAGCGUGUGAUCGUCCAUAUCAAUGUUUUCCCUGCCGAGUGGCUUGUCGACUACUUCAGCCGCCUCACGACCGAGCAGUCUUUCACCUGUAUGCAGGAGAUGCUCAAGGUUAACAUCCGCCAGACCUUGCAGAUCGUUGUCCAGAUCGCCACGAAGUACUCCGAUAUCCUCGGUCCCGUCAAGAUCAUCGAGAUGUUCGAGUCGUUCAAGACCUACGAGGGCUUGUACUACUACCUCGGUUCCAUCGUCAACCUGUCCACCGACUCCGAAGUCCACUUCAAGUACAUUCAAGCGGCGACCCGAACCGGCCAGAUCCGUGAAGUUGAGCGCAUUUGCAGGGAGAGCAACCACUACAACCCUGAGAAGGUCAAGAACUUCCUCAAGGAGGCCAAGCUGUCCGACCAGUUGCCUCUGAUCAUUGUCUGCGAUCGCUUCGACUUCGUCCAUGACCUCGUGCUCUACCUCUACCAGCGCGGCCUCACCAACUUCAUCGAGGUGUAUGUGACUCGUGUCAACUCUGUCCGCACUCCCCAAGUCAUCGGUGGUCUUCUUGACGUGGACUGCGACGAGGCUACCAUCAAGUCGCUGCUGGCUUCUGUUCCUGGUAACUUCCCCAUCGACGAGCUCGUCCACGAGGUGGAGACUAGGAACCGGCUCAAGCUCAUCCUUCCUUGGCUCGAGACCCGUGUGCAACAAGGCAGUCAAGACGCGGCGGUUUUCAACGCGGUGGCGAAGAUCUACAUUGACUCUAACAGCAACCCCGAGCAGUUCCUCAAGGAGAACAACCUGUACGAGCCAUUGGUGGUCGGCAAGUUCUGCGAGGCGCGAGACCCAUACCUCGCGUACAUCGCAUAUGCGAAGGGCUUCUGCGACGAGGAGCUCAUCCAUAUCACCAAUGAUAACGCCAUGUUCAAGCAGCAGGCGCGGUACCUCGUUCGCAGGCGUCAACUUGACCUCUGGCUGCAAGUUCUCCGUUCUGACAACAUGCACCGGCGUCAGCUCAUCGACCAGAUUGUUGCGACCGCUCUUCCCGAGAGCACGGAUCCGGCCGAUGUUGCUGUCGCAGUUGACGCGUUCUUGAAGGCGGAUCUUCCUCUAGAGCUCCUGGAGUUGCUCGAGAAGAUAAUUUUGGAGCCUUCGCCCUUCAGUGACCACAAGAGUUUGCAGAACCUGCUCAUGCUCACCGCCAUCCGCGCAGACAAGGGCAAAGUUGUUGGGUAUAUCGACAAGAUCCAGAACUAUGACACAGAAGAAAUUGCAAGGUUAGCUAUCGAGCACGGUUUGUAUGAGGAAGCCUUCCUUAUCCACAAGAAAUAUGAGCAACACGCGGCCGCCAUCAACGUCCUCGUCGAGCACUCGUAUCUCUUGACCCCUGCAGUGUGGAGUCGCCUCGCCAAGGCCCAGCUGGAUGGUCUUCGCAUCAAAGAUGCGAUCGACUCUUACAUCAAGGCGGGUGACCCGUCGAACUUCGGCGAAGUCAUCGAGAUCGCCAGCCGUGCGGGCAAGUUCGACGACCUCGUUCGCUUCCUCCAGAUGGCCCGCAAGACACUCCGCGAGCCCAAGAUCGACACUGAGCUUGCCUACGCGUACGCGAAGACCGAUCGUCUCCAUGACAUGGAGGACUUCUUGAGUAUGACCAACGUGGCAGAUGUGCUCGAGGUUGGCGAGAAGUGCUUCGAGGACGAGCUGUACCAGGCGGCGAAGAUUCUCUUCACGAGCAUCUCUAACUGGGCGCGUCUCGCCACCACGCUCAUUUACCUCGGCGAAAGCCAGGGUGCGGUUGAGAGUGCGCGCAAGGCGGGCAAUACCCAGGUCUGGAAGCAGGUUCACGCCGCAUGUGUGGAAAAGUCCGAAUUCCGCCUGGCUCAAAUUUGUGGUCUGAACAUCAUUGUUCAUGCGGAGGAACUGCCAGCUCUGGUCCAGUCAUACGAGCGCCGUGGUUUCUUCGACGAGGUUCUGGCUCUUCUCGAGGCUGGUCUGAGCUUGGAGCGUGCACACAUGGGUAUCUUCACCGAGCUGGCCAUCUUGUACAGCAAAUACAGGCCUGACAAGCUCAUGGAGCACCUCAAGCUCUUCGUCUCCCGAAUCAACAUUCCCAAGGUCAUCAAGGCCGCUGAGCGUGCCCACCUUUGGCCUGAGCUUGUAUUCCUGUACAUCAAGUACGACGAAUUCGACAACGCCGCCCUCGCCAUGAUCGAGCGUUCCGCAGAUGCUUGGGAGCAUAAUCAGUUCAAGGAUGUCAUUGUUCGCGUUGCGAACGUCGAGAUCUACUACAAGAGCUUGACGUUCUACCUCCAAGAGCAACCUACGCUGCUUACGGACCUGCUCACUGUUCUGAUCCCCAGGAUUGACCAUGCUCGUGUCGUGCGAAUGUUCCAGCAGAUAGACCACAUCCCGUUGAUCCGGUCAUACCUGAUUGCCGUCCAGCAUCUCAACCUCGAGGCGGUCAACGACGCCUACAACAACCUGCUCAUUGAGGAGGAAGACUAUAAGACGUUGCGGGAUUCCAUCGACAGCUUCGACAACUUCAACAACGUCAAGCUCGCGCGCGAGCUGGAGAAGCACGAACUGCUCGAGUUCCGCCGUCUCGCGGCUCACCUCUACAAGAAAAACAGCAAGUGGGAGGAGUCCAUUGCUCUGUCGAAGCAAGACAAGCUCUACAAGGACACAAUCGUCACUGCUGCCGCCUCCGUGUCGUCUGAAAUCGCAGAGGAGCUUCUUUCAUACUUCGUCGACAUCGGAAACAAGGAGUGCUUCGCGGCGACCCUGUACUGCUGCUUCGACCUGCUACGCGCCGACAUCGUCGAGGAGAUGUCAUGGCAGCACGGCCUCAACGACUUCUACAUGCCGUACAAGAUCCAGCGGACAAGGUCUCUGGUCGACAAGCUUGCCGCGCUGGAGAAGGAGGUGAAGGAGCGGUCGAAGAAAGACACCGAGAAGGAGAAGCAGGAGGCUGAGCAACCUCUCAUCGAGCCCGGCUUCGGCGGCAGGUUGAUGCUCACUCAAGGGAACGGCUUCCCCGCUCAGGCGCCGCCGUCCAUGAUGAUGCCCAACGGCACUGGAUUCGGCAUGCCUCCUGCGAUGACGGGUUUCGGCGGUUUCUGA